GGAUUAUUUUUGAGUGUAUAUAUCAAUAAAGUUGUUUUAUGAGCAAAAAAAGUUGUGUUCAAACAUAAGUGUAUUACAAAUAUAUGAAACACUAAUUGAAAGCAAACAUCAAUCGAUGAUAUGAUGAGAGAUGAGACCAAAUAUAAGACAUUUAUAUUGAAACAACACUUCAAUGGUCGAUAAAAUCGAUAUAAUAAUCGGUGAAAAAGUGGAGCCAUGAGUCGUACAUCUACUCCAUCCCCAGAUCUGCUAAAUUGUGGUCACAUUCAUAGUGGAAGUGUUGGUAACCGCGAUGACAGUUCUACUCGUUGGCACUUAUUAUUGAUAACGAUUGUCUCAUUUGCCAUUUACGUCAACUCUUUUGGAUGUGGCUUUGCUUUUGACGAUAUGUCUGCCAUUCGGGAUAACAAAGAUUUGAGACCACAAACUCCUUUAUCGCAGCUUUUUGUUAAUGACUUUUGGGGACAGGGAAUGACAAAGGAACAGUCACAUAAGUCAUAUCGACCUCUCAGUGUCUUAACAUUUCGUCUCAAUUACAUAAUACAUGAAAUUGAACCAAUGGGUUAUCAUAUCAUUAAUGUUAUUUUACAUGUAAUUGUUUGUCUUAUAUACAAUCGAUUAUGUAAUUUAUUUAUGCCAUCAAUUGCUGCUUUAAUAUCCACAUUAUCCUUCAGCGUACAUCCCAUUCAUACCGAAGCUGUGACAAGUGUUGUGGGACGGGCUGAGACAUUGUCAUCAAUUUUCUUCUUAUUAGCAUUUUUGGCAUAUGUCAGGGCAACUAAACAUACAACCAAAACAGAGUGGAUGUGGUUUUUGUUAUCCAUUACAUUAGUCUCUAUGGCGACCCUCUGUAAAGAGCAGGGAAUUACAGCUAUUGCUAUAUGCGGUGUCUAUGAAGUAUUCAUCGUUCAAAAACUAAAACUUAGUAAUUUGGUUUUUAUUGCACAAAACUUAAUCUUUUCAAAAGCAUUGACUCCCUCGUGGCUCAGGGAGUCGUUUUUAAGACUAUCGGUGUUGUUUGCAACCACUUGUAUUAUAAUUAUGACUCGACUUAGAAUAAUGGGAUCACAAUUGCCUGUCUUUACAAAGUUUGACAAUCCUGCCGCUGCUGUGGAUACACCUGUCCGUCAAUUAACAUAUAAUUUUUUGCUUGCAAUGAAUUCUUGGUUAAUGUUAUUUCCCAAUGCCUUAUGUUGUGACUGGACGAUGGGUACUAUUCCUCUCAUUGAAACAUACAGUGAUAUCCGUAAUGUGGGGACAAUUGUCUUUUAUAUGAUAUUUUGUAUAUUGGUUUGGAAAGCCUUUACAUCCAGUCAUAGACAGACAGCACAAGUACUGAUCAUUAGUUUGGCAUUUAUAGUGUUUCCUUUCCUGCCGGCGUCUAAUCUCUUCUUUCCGGUUGGAUUUGUGAUCGCAGAGCGUAUACUAUAUAUGCCAUCGUUUGGCUUUUGUAUGCUCUUUGGUCUCGGAUUUUACAGAAUUUAUCACAAAUUAUCUCAAGACUGUAGUAAUGCUUUUAUAUCGAUAUCAAUGACAGCAAAGAAACGACUUUUAGUUUGUACUCUUGUUUUCCUAUUUGUUUGCCAUUCAAUCAAAACAAUUGUCCGCAACUACGACUGGGAAUCGGAAUAUACUAUAUUUAUGGCCGGAAUUAAAAUCAAUAAACAAAAUGCUAAGCUAUAUAACAAUGUGGGUCACGCUUUGGAGGCACACAAUAAAUAUACCGAAGCGUUAAACUACUUUCUCGAAGCAGUUAGGGUACAGCCCGACGAUAUUGGCGCCCAUAUGAAUGUUGGCCGCACUUAUAAUAAUUUACAUAAAUAUGAGUUAUCGGAAAAGGCAUUCAAUAAGGCUAAGGAUUUGUUACCUAAACCUCGACCCGGAGAGAGAUAUCAGGCGAGGAUAGCGCCGUCACAUUUGAAUGUUUUCCUCAAUUUAGCCAAUUUGAUUGCACGUAAUAAAUCACGUCUUCAAGAGGCCGAUGCUUUAUACAGACAAGCUAUUAGUAUGCGCGCCGACUAUACUCAGGCUUAUAUUAAUAGAGGAGAUGUUUUGCUUAAAUUAAACCGAACCCGUGAGGCACAGGAGGUCUAUGAAAAAGCACUACAAUUUGAUUCGUCAAAUCCCGAUAUCUAUUAUAAUUUAGGCGUUGUAUUACUGGAACAGUCGAAAGCUACCCAAGCAUUGGUUUACUUUAAUAAAGCUCUUGAAUUGAAUCCACUGCACGAACAGUCACUCAUGAAUUCCGCAAUUCUUAUCCAAGAAAGUGGAAGCCAUGAGUUACGCCCUUUAGCUCAACAAAGACUACAAUUUCUUAUAGAGAAUGGAAAGGCCAACGAAAGGGUUUAUUUCAAUUUAGGAAUGCUUUCGAUGGACGCAAAAGAUUAUGCAAAAGCAGAGAAAUGGUUCAGAGCUGCCAUUCAUUUGAAACAUGACUUCAGAAGUGCGACAUUUAAUUUGGCUCUUUUGUUGUCUGACUCGAACCGACCUCUAGAAGCCGUGCCAUUCCUUAAACAACUUCUUAAAUAUCAUUCCAAUCAUAUCAAAGGUCUUAUACUUUUGGGUGAUAUUUAUAUAAAUCAUGUGAAAGAUUUAGAAGCCGCUGAAGAGUGUUAUAAACAAAUUGUAAGACUGGAUCCAAACAAUAUUCAGGGCAGACAUAACUUAUGUGUUGUUUAUGUGGAACGGGAAGAAUUGGAAAGAGCAGAGAACUGUUUACAAAGUGUAUCCUCUUUAGCUCCAAAUGAAGAGUACAUUAGCAAACAUUUACGAAUUGUUAGAAACAGAGUAACAAAACUCAGAGAAAAACAAAACUAUAAUUCAAAAGAAGAUUUGCUGUGAUAGACAUUGACUUAAAUCUAUAUAUUUUUGUUUCAAUUGUAAUAAUAUGAGAAUCUAUAAAAAAAACAUGUAUUUAUCGAUGAAUUGAUUGCAAAGGCAAAUAGCCGUUGGCACUCAUAUUAUAGAGUUUAUUAUAGAUGUGAUCAUAUUAUAGAUCUGACCGCUAAAUCUCUCUCUCUCUCUCUCUCUCUCUCUCUCUC